AUGGGUGAAAGUGGAAUGGAAGUUAUCGCACCACAUCCAAUCUGCAGUAAAAGUCAACGGAUAUAUUUACAUAAAAUUCCUAACGUAGCGAUAAUGGGUGACAGUAGAACGUUAGAUGGUCCGCAAGUAUCUCGUGUAGGCGAUCUCCUCGUAAGAGUCGAGCGAAACAUGACCUGGUCCGAGCCUGGCUUCUUCAUGGUCUGGAUUGCGGCGCUACUCGGCAGUAGAAUCCUUGGUGGUAUUUCUCCAGAGGGAAUAACGGGGUUCGACACGGGGGUUGACGAGCGAAAGAGAUUGAUGUAA